AUGCGGGAGAGUGAAGCCGCACGAGAGAAGGAGAUGACAGCGGAGGUUCGGCCUUGGGGGAAUCUCCAACCUCUAGCAGAGGCACGCGCAAGGCACAUUCUGGACGCCGCCGACGAGGCCGACAAGUUCUUCAACUCCCCCAGCCGGAAGUACGUCAGGGACGCGAAGGCGAUGGUGGCGACGUCGGCGAACGUCAAGGAGUACCCGAACUCGUACGUUGCCGCCGCUCUUCGACGUCGUCUUCCUGAGAACCCCGCUCGUCGACCCCGAAAACGACGUCGGGUUCUGCUGAGGGUAAGAACUCGAAAUCAGCCCCACGUUGAAGACCUCCUCACUCAAUAUCUCUCAGUUGGAGGAGGAGGGGGAGGAGGAGGGGUUUAA